AUGGCGACACCGAUCAGCAGCGCGACCCGCACGGCGAGCAGCAAGGAGGAGUACGCGUCGCUCCCGCGCGACGACGUCAAGCCCGUCCCGCCCUCGCGCCGGACGUUCAUCAAGGCUUCCGCCAAGCCGUACAACGGCGCGUACAGCGGCUACGCGGUGCGCGUCUCGCUCUCCGACUUCUCCUCCUCGGGCGUCGAGUACCUCAACCUCGCCGACACGAACUCGAACCUGAAGGGAUUCCGUGGCGGCUUCGCCACCGACGCACACGCCUACUACGUGCCGUCCUACAAUAGCGCGCCAAACUUCCACGGAUACGCGGCGCGCGUCUCGCUCUCCGACUUCUCCUCCUCGGGCGUCGAGUACCUAAACCUCGCCGACACAGACUCCAACCUGAAGGGCUUCGACGGCGGCUUCGCCACCGACGCACACGCCUACUACGUGCCGUUCAACAACGGCGCGAAGAGCGGCUACGCGGUGCGCGUCUCGCUCUCCGACUUCUCCUCCUCGGGCGUCGAGUACCUAAACCUCGCCGACACAAACUCCAACCUGAAGGGCUUCGGCGGCGGCUUCGCCACUGCCGCACACGCCUACUACGUGCCGCACCACAACGGCGCGUACAGCGGCUACGCGGCGCGCGUCUCGCUCUCCAUCUAA